AGCUCCUUUAUCUUUUUUCCCGUCCCCUGUGAUCUCUUUCUCUGCAACUCUCUCAUGUUGAUGUGAUUCUCCACCCACACACACCACCAAAGAAACAACCCAUCAACACUUUUACAAAAGAGAUACAAAGCUCUCUAAUUAACAAGAGCUAUGGUCUUCCCGUCCCUUCCAAUCUAUCUAGAUCCACCCAACUGGUCACAACAGCAGCAGCCUAAUCCGCCGGCAGGAAUUGGCAACCAGAAUCCACAUAUUCCACCACCUCUUCAGCCGUCACCUUCAUCAGUGACGGCCGCUAUCGGAGGUGGUGGUAGUUGCGGUAGCUACCCGGGCUCGAUUAGACCGGGAUCAAUGGCUGAUAGAGCUAGAAUGGCGAAGAUACACCAACCUGAUGCAGGACUCAAAUGUCCGCGAUGUGAAUCUGCCAACACCAAGUUUUGCUACUACAACAACUACAGCCUUUCACAGCCGCGGCACUUUUGCAAGACCUGCCGGCGUUACUGGACCAGAGGCGGUGCACUCAGAAACGUGCCGGUUGGUGGUGGUUGCAGAAGGAACAAAAGAAGCAAAGGAAGUGGCGGUAGAUCGAAGUCUCCGAUGAAACCCUCGACAGGUUCUACCUCUGCAAGUGCUAAUUCUUCUUCCAGUGGCUGCACCACUGAUCAUGUGAUGAUGACUCACUUCCCAACUCCAACGCAAACUCAAUUUCCAUUCUUGACCUCCUUGCAUCACUAUAACAGUGACUAUGGAGGCAUUGGAUCUCAUUUUGGGACGAUGACAACGACGACACCUUUGGUGGCUAGAAAUAGCAGCGAUGUUGAGUUUCAAAUCGGUACUGGUUCAGCUUCAUCGCUUGGUAACAGUAUGUUGUCAAAUGGACUCGGUGAGCAAUGGAGGUUGAACAAUCUGCAACAACAAGUUCAGCAGCAGUUUCCGUUUUUGAGCACUGAGCCACAGAUUGGGUUGUUUCAGUUUGGUGGUGGAGAAAACAACAAUGCUGAACCUCCAAGUUAUGCAAAAGAUGGAGUCAGGUUUAACAUUCGUUCUAAACUAGAUUCCAUUUCUGGUCUGAGUGGGUUGAUGCCUCAGGUUAACACGAUAAAGAUGGAGGAAAAUAUUCAAGGUUUGAAUUUGCCAAAAAAUCUCUUGAUGGGUGGUUCGGGAAAUGAUGCACUUUGGAAUGGAAGUGGCAAUGCAUGGAGUGAAGUUCCUUGUUUCACUCCUUCAAAUAACCACUUGUUGUGAUGAUGAUCCUUGCAGUAUUAUUAAGCCACUUCAAUUCUACAGCUUUUGGGUUAAUUUCCUAGUCGAUCGCCACAGAUAUAUUUUUAUGAUCAUCAUAGUAAUGCAUGAUCGAAUGUAUAAGAGUUAGAAUCAAUCACUUGCUGCUAACUUUGGAAUGGGAUUCUACCUUUAUGCACGAGUCCUGUCUUACGAGGAUAAAUGGGAAGGAAAGACAACACUUUGUGUUGUUACAUCAAGACAAGAAAAUGGUACGCAACGCAACUCUUCAAGUAAUUUCCUUUCUCCAACGUUGGAUGUCGUUGAUAUUUUAUGUUGUAUGAACAUGUUGAGCGAAGGUAUAUUGGUGUAUUUGUUUAUAUGCAUGUUUUGUGAUGACAUGAGCGGUUAAGUUUACUAAUUGUGUGAAAGUCUAGAAGGUUUUCUUUAUAUAUGGUGGUGAUGUCACUUUUAUAUUUUCUCUUUUCACGAUUUGCACCAGCUGCUAUAAUGUAAGUUCAGAAACUUUGAACAUUAAUGUGUCUGACUUCUUACCC